AUGGCCGCCUCGGGAAAGACGUACAUCGUCGAGCAUCUCGACCCUGAGCUGGGGCCGUGGUCCGAACUCGAGUACAUCGCAAUCGCCAAAGAAACCCAUGCCGCCGGCGGCACCUUUCUGCUGUCCUCCCUGCCCGCCGCCUUCGUCGUCCCCGAUAAGUUGAAGGAGGUCCCGGCCCUCAAGGCCGAGAACCGGGGUGUUGAGGAGCUCUACGCCCAGGACAAGUCCCGCGUGUGCCUCCUUGACCCCUCCGCCGCCAGCGAUCUGAGCCCCGAGGACGGUGAAAAAUUUGACGCCUUUCUUUUCGGCGGUAUUUUGGGCGAUGACCCCCCACGAGACCGGACCUCCGAGUUGAGGAAGAAGGGCUUUGAAGGUAGACGGCUGGGUCCCACUCAGAUGACCACUGACACCGCCGUCCGCGUCACCAGAAUUGUCGUCGAGGAGAAGAUUCCCCUGGACAAGAUUCCCUACGCCGAGUACCCCGAGCUCAAGUUUAACGAGCAUGAGAGCACCCAGAUGCCCUUCAAGUAUGUGAAGGACAAGGAUGGCAACCCCAUUAUGCCUGAGGGCAUGGUCGACCUGAUUCGCAAGGACGCCGAUAAGGCGAUUGAUGACCUCUUCUAA